CUUCCCUAGCAGUCUAGCAGCAACAGGUCCCUUUGCACACGCACGGCCAGCGCCUCGCCGAUGCUUUCGCGAACCCAAAUCAGUGACGCCGACGGCACGACCGCCGGAGGUCGCCGCCACUACAACUGCGUUCCGCGCUGCCAUAUAACUGAACAAGUUAACCGAGCCUCACCUUUUCACAGCACGACAUGCCUUGCUGCCGCACCCCGUCGAGCCGUCAAACACCCACGCUGACGACCGCCGCCGCCGCCGCCGCCCACCCAAAUCUCCCGCCGAGCCCCGCCCGCUGCCAGCAAUGGAAGCCCGCCUCCUCAAGACCCGACCGCUCCACGCCAUCUUCUCAGACGCCACCAUCUCCCGCGCCGCACGCAACCUGUUCGACGCGGUGCCGCGCCCGAUCCAGGCGCUCUGCAGCACCUUCCUCUCCGCGCUCUCCAGGAGCUCCUCCCACCAGGAGCUCCUCCAAGCCUUCUCGUCGAUUCAUCGCAAGGGCGCUGACGUCCCGUCCGGCUGCAUCCCCCUUGUUUUCAAGUCGUGCGCGCUCACCGCAUCGUCCUGCCAGGGCAGGCAGGUGCACUCCCAUGCUCUUGUCCGUGGGCUGCUUAGGGAUGUCUUUGUGCUGACAGCUCUGGUGGAUUUCUAUGCCAAGAACGGAGACAUGGAGUCCGCUGUCAGUGUCUUUGAAGAGAUGCCGGUCAAGGAUCCGAUACCGAUAAACUGUUUGAUCACCGGAUAUUCAAAGUCUGGUGAUGUGGAUAAGGCCAGGAAGCUAUUUGACGGUAUGGAGAGGCGGACAUCCGCUUCGUGGAAUUCAAUGAUCGCCUGUUAUGCUCAUGGUGGGGAAUUCCGGGAAGCAUUGACGUUGUUUGAUCGGAUGCUGAGUGAGGGUGCAAGACCAAACGCUAUCACCAUUACAUCGGUAUUUUCGAUAUGCGCCAAGUCUGGUGAUCUUGAUACUGGCAAGCGCGUAAGGGCUCUGAUCGGUGAGGAGGAAUUGCAGAACGUGAUAGUGCACACUGCUUUGAUGGAAAUGUAUGUAAAGUGUCAUGCUAUCGACGAUGCACGUCGGGAGUUUGACUGGAUGUCGCAGAGAGAUGUCGUGGCAUGGAGCACCAUGAUUGCAGGUUAUGCGCAGAAUGGCAGGCCACUCGAAUCUCUAGAACUGUUUGAGAGGAUGAAGGAAACCGAUUGCAGACCAAAUGAAGUGACACUUGUUGGUGUGCUAUCCGCGUGUGCGCAGUUGGGUUCUGAUGAAUUGGUUGAGCAGAUUGGGAACUAUGCUGAGAACCAGAGGUUACCACUUACGAGUUACCUAGGAUCUGCCCUAAUUGACAUGUACACCAGGUGCGGGCAUGUUGGAAGAGCCUGGAGUGUCUUCAGCCGGAUGGAACAAAAGGGGGUUAUCACUUGGAACUCCAUGAUCAGAGGCCUAGCAAUGAAUGGCUUUGCAGAAGAUGCAAUCAGCUUGUAUGAAAAAAUGGUGGAAAACGGGGUCCAGCCCAACGAGAUCACCUUCGUUGCGCUGCUAGCAGCGUGCACGCAUGCUGGUUUGGUAGACCAAGGUAUGGCAUUCUUCGAAGAGAUGAAGAGAGAACACCAUGUUUCCCCUCAAGUGGAGCACUGCGCAUGCAUAGUGGACCUCCUGUGCAAAUCCGGCAAACUGUGGGAGGCGUACAAGUUUAUCUGCGACAUGGAAGUCAAACCAAACGCGGUGAUCUGGACCACACUGCUCAGCUCCUGCAGAGUCCAUGCCGAUGUCGAGCUCGCCAAGCUUGCCGCGAGCAAGCUCCUGGCAAUGGAGCCCGACAACUCCUCAAUCUACGUCCUCCUGUCCAAUAUAUAUGCCGAUGCCGGCCUCUGGGGCGAUGUGAGGGAGAUCAGGGACCUGAUGAGGAGUAAGAACGUGCAGAAGCUGUCUGCCUACAGUUGGAUAAAGCUGGAUGGUGAGGUGCACAAGUUCCUGGUGCAAGACACAUACCACCCGAGAUCAGCUGAGAUUUAUGACGUCGUCCACGGCUUGGGGUUGCUCUUGGACCGAGCUGACUCUGAUCCCGACCUGCUAGUUUCAGAGCUCUGUUGAACUUUUAUUUUUGACAGCUGAGAGCUCUGUUUUUGGAAGAAACACAAAGCAUUCCAUUCAUUGGGCGAGCUGCACUCGCCAGCAGACAAAUUCUUUUACAUAUAUUGGAAAGGUAUCAAAGCCAAAUCUGAUAGAUUCUUGACUCCAUAAGUAGCUAAACAAUGUUGCAGAAAUAUUACAAAGCCGUGAGCAAGCUUCUACCUUAAACAACUGAAAAGCUGAUUGCAACACAUCUCUUUUUUCUGACAGAGAUUGCAUCAUAUGCAGUUGGAGUGAGUAUAUGAUCUCAUAUGCAGUCCUAUCGCUUCUCUUUGAUUAGCUCUGUUUCUUUCAAACCACAAUAUACUACAAAAGAAUAUAGACUUUCAGACAUUUUGCCUCUAUUUUCAGAAUAUCCUCCAUCAACGAGAUAGCAUUUGGGCAAUUGAUAAGUUGCAUUCGACACUUCCAAAAAAGCAGUUCUCCAAGUAACCUUCACAAAUUUGCACUUUAGGAAGCACUAACCUUGACAAAUUUACACUUUCGAAAGCAAUAACCUUGACAAAUAUGCACUGUAGAAAGCAAUGACCUCUGUCUUCAUCUAGGAGUAAUUAACAGCAUAUUGGACAUGGUCUAUCCACAUGCUGGACAGGGGUAAAGUCCACAAUUUCUUCCAAAAUAUGCUGCCACUUUGAACACUAUCACUUGAUGAUGAAGCUGCACCGUGCGCAGAGUUCCUGGUUUGGUUGUCCAAGCUGGUGUAUCUUCAGCCCUUCCUGGAUCGGAAUUUGGAGAAUGACAUAUACAUCUUCUUCGUUAGAAGUUGAUCGGAGCUGUUGUAUAUCCCAUGUGCUAGAGGAUUUGUGAGAACUCCAAAAAUAAAAAAAGAGGGAGAAUAUGGGGUGCACGGGGACGUGGUGUUUCUCGGCUCGAGUGAACAUUGGCAAAAGUUUCCAGUGCUCACCAAAUUUCAUCAUGGAAUGAUAUUUUUGGAAGUCAUGGCAAAAAACAAAAGAUGCUCCAAAAGUGGUAUUUUCGAAAGCUUUUUGGAGUGCUGAUUUUGGUUUUUUGCCAUGACUCCCACAAAUGUCAUUUCAUGAUGAAAUUUUGCAGGCACUCAAAAGAUCUGUCAAAGUUGGAAAAAGAAUCAGAUUUUUUUAUAUUUUAUUUCAAUAUUUUUGUAUUUUACUGUUCAUCACGAGCUUGCGAGUAGAAGAUGACUUUCGGUUCAUGGGCAACUAUUUGCCAAAUUUACUUUCCGGUGUUUCCAUCUCCUACUCUCCAUAUAAUUCCACCCUUUUAGCACGUGUACUCCAUUCAAAAUACCUUUCUGUACGGUACAGAAUAUUUUUGUACAUCACCUUACUUCUCCAACAAUAUGAAAUGACACUCCUCUUGAUUUGAUUGCGGUACUCUUUGUUUCAUGA